UUUGCCCUUGUCAAAUUUGAAUUAAAUAGAAGACUUGGCAUAUGGGCCAUUUGUAAAACUUUAGACCCGCAUCUGAGAAAGCCCACACCUACAAGGCUGGCAUGACAACGGUCGAAUUUAACCAGAUCCCAAAUGCUUGGCAGCCUCAAGAGAGAGAGAGAGAGAGAGAGAGAGAGAGAUGGGGAAAAGGAAGGGGAUGGAUCAGAAGAAAGUUCGUACAGAAGAAAAGGAAGUGAAAUUGGAAGAUGAACAAGUAGUAGGAGGAAGCAGCAGAUUCUUCGGGUGCUACUUGCUUACUUCUCUGUCCCCCAGAUUCAAAGGCCACACCUACAUCGGAUUUACAGUGAACCCACGCCGUAGAAUCAGGCAGCACAAUGGAGAGGUGAAGAUGGGUGCUUGGAGGACCAAGAAGAAACGUCCCUGGGAGAUGAUCUUAUGCAUAUAUGGCUUCCCUACUAAUGUUUCUGCCCUCCAGUUUGAGUGGGCGUGGCAGCAUCCAGUAGAAUCCCGUGCAGUUAGGCAGGCAGCAUCAUCAUUCAAAACUCUUGGAGGAGUUGCUAAUAAGAUUAAAUUGGCAUUUACAAUGCUUACACUCCCUCAAUGGCAAAGCUUAAAUCUCACGGUAAAUUUCUUCUCCACUAAAUACAAGAUGCAUUCAGCUGGCUGCCCUAGUCUUCCGGAGCACAUGACAGUCCAAGUUCGUGCUCUGGAUGAACUUCCUUGUCAUACAGGAAUUGACAGGGAUGAGUAUACAACCAACGAUUGGGACAAUAGUGAAGAAUAUGAGGGAAGCAGUGAGAAAUUAACAGAUGGAAUAUCAGCCGGCUCCACAUAUUCUAACAGUUCUUUUUGUAAUCAAGAAAAAGAUGGCACCGAAGAAAAUGUCAAUGAACACAUUGAUUGGAGAGAAGAACCUGUUGAACGUGCUGAUGAAAAUAGCACUCCCGACAGAGAGGAUCCUGAGCACUCAUAUAUCAUCAUUGACUCUCCAGCGAAAGUGUCAUCUUCAAUUCAAAGUGGAUCCUUUCAUACAGCAGACAGCAAAGACAUACACGAAUUGGACGAUGAAUUUGAUGGGAAGCUGGUCCAGCAGGCCAACAGGCUGUGUUCAACAAAAACGCAUGCCUAUCAUGAUCCAUUGUCAACCAAGAAUGCUGGUUUGUCUAGUGAAGUUGUGGUUAUUGAUCUUUUUACUCCUCCAUGCUACAAAGUAAGUGCUGACGGCAAAAAAAGAAGAGUUUCUACUACUUGUCCUGAAAUAAUAGACUUGACAGAAUCACCAAUUUAUGUCCAAGUCUAAUGUAACUAACUUGUUGCCUGGUUUGUUUGUAAUUGUCACAAAAUAAUGAGCAACGGAGAGCUAGCAUAUCCAUGAUACUGAUAUAGUUGACUGAUUCUUUCAGCAGCAAACUUUAGUUUCCAGUAUGUAUGUAAUUUAUUUAUUUUCUUAAAUGUAAUUUGGAUUGAAAGAGCUAAGGAUUGCAACGCCUUGGCGAAGUUAAUUUUAUCAGCCAUGUAAAAGAUCA